AUGGAUAAAUGGACUAAUGCAGAAAUCGUUAAAAUCAGAAGUUCGUGGACUGAUGUUGUUGCCGCCAACUACUACAAAGACUGCGAUUUUGUCGAUACCAUAUUUUCUGAAUUAAUGGUUGAGAAUGUCGAGGCCAGAACACUGUUGGAAGACCCACAAGUGUUUCGUGAACAAAAAGAGCUCUUUGCUAUGAUUUUGAAGAACACCAUGUUAUAUCUUCACAAAAAGGCAUUGCUCGAUGAGUGUAUGAGUGAAUUCAUCUCAGAAAACCCUUCAGUGGUUGUAUACGGUGUGACCUAUCUAGAACCCUUGGGAACCGUACUCAUAAAGGCAUUGCGUCGCAGUUUGGGAAGCGAUCGGUUUCAUACUGACUUGGAAGGUUUGUGGGUCAAACUCUUCAUAUAUAUUGCGAACAGCAUCUUACUCAACGACGACGCCUGUUCUGAAAGCGAAGAAGAGAAAUCAAUUACUGAACCAGUGGCGCCAUUGAGACUGCCCUCGGUGUACAACACCCCUACUAAAAAUGACUUUGUCGGUCCCGAUAUGAGCAGGCUCACUAUCGAUCUUGACAAAAACGAAAAGUAUAGGGGCUUCCGCAGAAACUCGCUGGCGCUGGAAGGCCCAACUUUGAGCUUGGUGAUUCCUCCAGCCAUGUCACCAGCAAAGUCCUCUUAUCGGGAAUACGAGGUAGAGCCUCACUUGACUCCAAGAUCCAGCAGACGUAACACCGAGCAUAUGAUGGAGAAGCUCGGGCUUCUGUCUGAGAAUUUGUCUGGCUCAAAGGCAAGCCGCCAAGCGGCACCAUUUGAUCCUCGCCGCAAGCCAAGCCACAGAAGAUCAUUAUCGGAUGCUACUCUGUCAAUCUCCACUCCUGAUGGACCAUACUCCCAAAGAUCUUCCAUCAGCACUGUAGAUGACAUAAGUCUAGAGGAUGAAAUUAAUUUCAGCUCUCCCGAGGAGCCCAGGGCUAGCGUUUUUGACUCCAAGAGCUUCGGUAUAGCUGCAUUGGCUCCAAUUGCUGAAUCCGAACCAGAUCGCUAUGGAGACGCUACUUCAACCGCUUCUUCCCGUUAUGGAAUUGACGAUUCAGCAUUAGAAGCUUCAUCGGGCACAUCUUCGUUAUCUUUGCACAACCUGGACUACAAGUCGUCUAUCUCGUCGGGUUCCGGACACUCCGACCAUGUGAACAACUUUAAGUCUAGUGGUGCUGCCGUGGCUAGCCCUCAGCCUAGAUCCUAUGGAUUUCCAUUCCUCGCCAAGGAGUAUGAUAGCCCAUAUGCAAACAAAGCAUAUCUGUCUUCCGUGCCUCACUUUGGUGGUUCUGAUCAAGGUAAGCGUGCUUCAGUUGGUUUUAUGAAGAGCAGUUACGUUUUGAAGAAGGGCAUGAGCAGCGAUGUGAGUGACGCUGCCUCCAUUGCUUACAGCAGCAGACUGGUAUCGAAGCCUCACAGCUAUGCUCGUAGUGUCUUUUCGUUGCCGCCAGAUAACAGUCCGCCAACCCGGGAGAACCCUUACAAAUUUGCGCCUCCUCCAAAGAUACCCUCGUUCGACCAUAAGCCUACUUCUAAGGCGCCAAAGGUUGAACUUAUUAAAAAAGAGACGAGCAAGCCCUUGGCCAAUGAUCGUACACUGGUAGCUUCUAUGACAACGGAAACCAAGUCCACGAGAAAGAGCUUCCUCAAGAAACUUCACUCAAUAUUUGGUUCCUCAUCCGCUCAGAAGAAAACCAUCUCUGCACCAAUUCCAGUUACUUCAGGUAACGCCAAUGCUUCAAUGGCUUCUGCAGGCUAUUCCUCCAGAAUCUCCUCAUCUGAAAUUAGAUCAAAGUCGACUGUUUUGGCCCGCUCCGAAAUGUUUGACAUGUCCGAUGUUCAAUCGUAUCAAAGCAACGCCAAGACAUCACACUCAAUUUUCAGAGGCAACACCAAGCCAUUGGCCGCUGGUAUGGAUAAGGAUAAGCGCAACAAAUACUUCGUCAAAAAGGUUCCUUACAAGACCAUCUACAUCAAGGACCUUAUUCAUACAUAA